AUGUUAUGCAAAGCUGCAUCUACUCUCACCAGAUUUGAGAAAGUUGAACGCACCAACUUCAUCUUGUUGAGUAUUUUUGCUCCUAUAGCUGCUCUUGUUGUUGGCAUUGUAGUAGUCUGUGUGGUAUAUCAGUUGUUACAAAAGAGACAAUUAAAAAAUGGUAGAUACCCAAAUCUUAGAUAUGCCCGUCAUUCAGCUUCAUUUCAUGAAGAUGGCAGCUGUAAUGCUAGAGAAUGUGGAAAAUGUAGUGGGUCUGGAGUGUCAAAAUUCUCUCAGCGCACAGCCGCCCAGGAUGUGGACUUAAUUCAAGUCAUAGGAGAAGGGAAAUAUGGAAAAAUAUGGAGAGGAAUCUGGCAUGGUGAUGAUGUUGUGGCAAAAUUGUACCUACCUACUGAGGAGAAGUUCUUUAAGAAUGAAGUGGAUGUGAACAACAAAAUAGGAAACCAUGAGAACAUUCUUAGAGUGCAGCAUUGCCAUUCUGCAUUUAUUUGGAAUAAAGCAACAUACAGAUGCAUCGUGAUGGAAUUUCAUGAAAAUGGGUCACUGUAUGACUUCCUCAGUCGCAGAACUGUUAACGCUCAAGAGAUGUGCUCCUUAGCUCUCUCAGCUGCACGCGGCUUGAAUCAUUUGCAUGGUGAAAUUUAUGGACGAAAGGAAAAGUACUCCAUUGCACAUUGCGACUUGAAAUCGAAAAACAUUAUGGUGAAGUCAAAUCUGACUUGUUCAAUAGGAGGAUUAGGACUGGGUGUAGUGCACGAUAGGUCACAAGACAAGAUCAUCACAGAAAACAAACGAAGGGGAAGCCCAAGAUACAUGUCCCCGGAGCUGUUGGAAGGCGGAGUUUUUAAAUCGUUUGAGUCUUAUAAACGAGCUGAUGUGUAUUCACUUGGUCUUACUUUGUGGGAAAUAACCAGGAGAACUUUUACAGAAGGCAUAAGACCAGAGCAUUUUGAGUUACCAUUCUUUGACAUGGUGCCCUCAAAUCCUACAUAUGAUGACAUGAAGAAAGUUGUCAGUGAACAACAGAAAAGACCACUGGUUCCCAACAAGUGGACUGAAAGCAGUGCACUUGAGGUCAUGGGAAAGUUGAUGAAAGAUUGUUGGAAACAAAAUGCAUCAGCCCGUCUACCAUCACUCAGGGUGAAGAAGACCUUGUCAAAGCUUAUGGAAAUGCUUAAACCAGCCCCGAUAAACACGUCAUUGUCUGAGUCAGAAGAAUCAUCAGCUAUUCAAGAUGUCAACAUCCACAUUCCUGAGACAUUAGAAAUCAUCAAGGUGUAACUUUUCAGUAGACAAUACAAAAAAAGGAUUAUUAAUAGUUAUGAUCAGUGCUGUCCAUCUCUUAAAAGGCUAAGGAUUUCAGUCAUUUAAAACACACAAAGGCCACUUUGAACUGGUUUGCUUCUAAGGUUAUGCAAUUGUUGGUCAAUAAGACUACACUUAGCUUAUAAAAUCACAGUUUUCCCAAUGGGAAAAAACAAACAAACAAAACAAAAAACAGUGGAAAAUAGUGGCACAAUGAACACUGAGGAAAAGGAAGGGUAAUCCAUGCCAUCUUCCCCUAAUUUUUCUUUUUGAGGUCCUUUGUUCUCUAUCCUGUUGUUACACUAGUUGCUGUCUGCAUAACAGGUCAAAAAAAAACAGGAAAACAUAGUGUUUUAAUCACAAUGAAUUAUAUUUGCAUGGCAAGAAGUAGUGAGAAAACUUGGGUCAUAAAAGGUUUAAGACAAAAUUUCCACACAUUUUUAAUACUGACAAUAUCAAUUAUUCUCAGUCUUAAAGGCCUGUGGAUAAUUUUAACUGGUUUUACAGUUUAGAUAUCAUUCACACGCUUGUGUACAAUUACUGAAGCAGCAAACAAAUAAGUUGUAUCUGGUUACAAUGAAUUUAUCAUGAGGAAUAACAACUGAUAUUAAACUGAGAUUUUUGGUGGUC